AUGUCGGACGACGCGACCAAGCUGUAUGGUUUCACGGCGAUUCCCGCAGAUGGAUCGGUGCAGAAACCUUCAACGCCGAAUCCGCAAUCAGUACCGGUUAGCGCACUGAAGCCUCCUUCGACGGCUCUUGCGAAGCGUGUUGCCGCGUAUGCCAGGUCCAAACUUGAUACAGACACGUAUCGGCAUAGUCUGCGCGUGUACAGCUACGGCUGCGCCAUCGCCCGCCAGUGCUUCCCGGAGUUUGGAUUGACGCCGGGCUCCAAGCUUGAGGAAACUUGGUUUCUCACAGCCAUAUUGCACGACAUCGGAACGUCUGUGGACUUUCUGACCAGCACGAGGCUGAGCUUUGAAUUUUGGGGCGGGUAUCACGCAAUGACAUUGCUGCAGGACCCGACGAUAACUGGGGACAAAGGAGGUGACGGUGUGGCACCGCGUGAGCAAGCUGAGAGUGUUGCCGAAGCGAUCAUCAGGCAUCAGGACAUUCAGGAUAAGGGGAAGAUUACCUUGGUCACAAGGCUGAUUCACCUGGGGACGCUGCUCGACAAUAUCGGAGCAGGUCGUGAAUUGGUGCACCGCGACACCAUUGAGAACGUGGUCAGGGAAUAUCCCAGGCCUGGCUGGAGUGGCUGUUUCAAGAAGACGGUGGAGAAGGAGAAGAGUGUGAAGCCGUACGCUAUGGUUAGUAGAAUUGAAGGGUUUGAAGAGGAGAUCAUCAAGAACGGCAGCGAUGGUGGCCUCAUGGCGAAGUAUGAGCACGAAUGA